AUGAGUUACGGUUACCAAGGGCCACCUGUACAGUUGCCAGGACGAGCCCAACCACCAACAUCAUUUGGGGUUCCGCCUGGUGCACCCUCUGCCCCCAGUUCUUCGUCUUAUGCUCCAAUGGGUUUCUCAAACGCACCGCCAACAUCUUUUGGCAUGCCUCAACCAUAUUCUCAAGCAGCAAGUCCUUACCCGACUCAGCCCAUGCAUCCUAUACCUGACAACAUAUCAACGCAAACCAAUGCUUAUCCUCCACAACAAAUGCCAUAUCCUUCUCAAUCUAUGCCCAUGCAGUGUUAUUCAUUUAAUGCAAAUUCUAACCAGCCUGCACCAUCUCCUUAUCCACAGCAGCAAAAUUACAAUAUGUAUCCUAAUCUUCAAAAAGCACCAAAUGCUAGAGAAUGUUUUAGUAAUACUCCUCUUUCCUCUUAUGCUUCUGAACCUAAUACACCUGCAACUAAUUCAAUCCCAUACCAAGGCGGAAAUUAUCCCAGGGGGCAGGGGAUAGGCUCAACAUAUUCUUAUGCUGCUAAUCCACCUACUGCUGCUCCAUAUAGUGCCACCCCAGCCCCCCGGAGAGAGCGAUUUACGCCUAAGACUUCUCCUACUGUUGUACCUUAUGAUGGCUUCGAUGCUAGAGCCGAUGCGGAAGCUUUGAGAAAAGCUAUGAAGGGUUUCGGUACAGAUGAGAAAACUAUUAUCCAAAUUCUUGUCAAUCGCAGUAACCUGCAACGCCAGGAAAUUGUAUCCCAAUUUAAAACUCUUUAUGGGAAGGAUCUGAUAAAGGAUUUAAAAUCUGAGCUAUCAGGAAACUUUGAGAAACUUGUUCUUGCUCUAAUGAUGCCACUACCUCAAUAUUAUGCAAAAGAACUUCAUGACGCAAUGUCUGGUAUUGGUACUGAUGAGACAGUACUCAUUGAAGUAUUGUGUACUAUGUCUAAUCAUGAAAUUUCCAUCAUUAAACAAGCAUAUGAAACAAUGUAUGGAAGAACAUUGGAGGAUGAUUUGAUUUCUGAUACAUCCGGAAAUUUCAAACGCUUGAUGGUAUCAUUGUGCUGUGCCAAUAGAGAUGAUUCAUUUAAUGUGAAUCAGGCUGCUGCAAUGGAAGAUGCUAAACAACUUUUACAAGCUGGGGAGCUGCGUUUUGGUACAGAUGAGUCUACUUUUAACGCAAUUCUCGUCCAAAGAAAUUUUUCACAACUGCGACAGAUAUUUAUAGAGUAUCAAAACAUAACAGGUCAUGAUAUCGAAAAUGCAAUUGAAAACGAAUUUUCUGGUGAUAUUAAAAAGGGUCUUCUUGCGAUUGUGAAAUGCGUCAAAAAUAGAGCUAGUUUCUUUGCGGAACAAUUGUACAAGAGCAUGAAGGGUCUUGGUACAGACGAUAGCCGUCUUAUCCGUCUGAUUGUAACACGCUGUGAAGUGGAUAUUGGUGAAAUAAAGAAUGUGUUUCUCCAAGAAUAUGGAGAAUCACUGGAAGAUUUUAUAUCUGGUGACUGUUCAGGACAUUACAAAAAAUGCUUAUUGGCACUAAUAUCAUAAAACAUUUUCCAUCAUAUAUGAACAAGUUUCAUAAAUGAAACUUGUUUUAUUGCAUUUUUUAUCGCCGACAUAUCGUUUUACAAAUAUAUACAAUGUAUUAUCUUUUCUUUUACCUUUUUCGUUUUUUAACAAUUUAAUCUAACAAUAAUAUAGUUUAUAUGUAUUUUGAAGAAUAUAUUAACUCAUUUUUAUACACAGAUUUAUAUAAAGAAAUUUUGCUUUAUACAUGUUAUAUGGUAUAGGUAUCUAGUUCGGUAAUCUCUUCUAUAAAAUAUUUUACAUUAUGAAUGUUUCUAUGCAUUAUAAAUGCUUUAUAUGAAAUAGCAAUGACGAUAAAUAAGUGCUUAACAGAAUCGUGCCAAUGCAUAUGUCUUGAAUCUCAAUUUAUAUUGAAAAUAUUUUUCACAUAAAAAUCUACGUCUUUUGUCAUAAUUUUAAUAUGUAUUUUAUAGAUAAUAAAAAUAGUGAUUAGAUAAUGAAAAUAGUCUAUAAUGCACGAGAGUUAUAAGCAAAGAAAUAUAUAUGAAUAUUUUUUCUAACAUAUAUUACAAUUACACAAAUAUAUAUACGUGAAAUUUAUUCUUUCAGAAGAGAAAAAUACAGCUAUUCUAUAUAUUCUAUAUUUAUAAAAAUGUAUAUUCAAAUUGUUACAUGGAUAUAUUUUUGUCCACACUGUUUCGAUUAUUGUAUUUACUGUAUCUAUAUAUAAAUAAAAUUUUUAACUGGUAUAUAAGCAAAA